AUGAGCAGUAAUUUUGAAAUAUCACAAUGUUGUUCAAGGAAGGAGCCAAUACGUCGAUUUGGUAUAGAUGUGUCGGGCAUGAACGAUCGCCAGCGUAAGCGUGUAGGCUACUGGCUAUUUCUAUGCGCAGGGAUGUGCUAUGGAGCAGUUGCAAUCGGUGGACUCACUAGACUGACGGAAUCUGGUUUGAGUAUGGUGAACUGGGAUUUAUUUCGGACUAUGAGGCCACCGUUGAGUCAGAAAGAGUGGGAAGAGGAGUUCGAACGGUAUAAGCAGUAUCCUGAGUACAAGUAUAAGUCUUCAAAUGAAGAGAUGACUUUGGCACAGUUCAAAUUCAUUUGGAACAUGGAGUAUGGUCAUCGCAUGUGGGGUCGAGCCAUUGGCAUUGUUUUCUUGCUGCCCUGUGCCUAUUUUUGGGCGCGUGGGUACUUCCCAACUACCAUGAAGAGACGUAUGGCAAUCGCAACAGCUCUCAUCCUUGCACAGGGCGGCAUCGGUUGGUGGAUGGUAAAGUCAGGCUUGGAUCCGUCGAGUAAUUCUGAAUCCAGUGUUCCAAGAGUCUCGCAGUAUCGACUGGCAACACACCUGACCAUAGCAUUCCUGCUCUAUUCACUUUUCUUGUACAAUGGAAUCAGCCAUUUUGUGGCACCACAAGUGCAGUUGGCAACAUUACCCAAGUUCGGCAUGUUGCGAGGACUUUCCCAUAGCGCCAAAGCACUUGUUUUCAUCACUGCGUUUAUGGGAGCAUUCGUAGCUGGACUGGACGCCGGUUUGGUUUAUAAUUCAUGGCCCAAGUUUGCUGAAAGCUGGAUACCGGAAAAUAUGCUCACACGAUCGCCGUUAUGGAAGGAUUUCUUCGAGAAUGACGUUACCGCACAGUUUACGCAUAGAAAUUUGGGUUACCUAACAUUGUUGACAAUCACGGCUACAUGGUUGGUUGGACGCCGAAUGGGCUUGCAUCGUCGUGCUAAAAUAGCCCUCCAUGCUACCAUGGCCAUGGCCUACAGCCAGGUUGCACUUGGUAUCUACACAUUGUUGUAUUAUGUGCCUGUUUGGUUGGCGUCAUUACAUCAGUGUGGCUCUAUGAAUCUUCUGGGACUUGCACUGUGGCUAACCAACGAACUACGGCGCGUACCCAAGUAA